AUGACUUCACGUCAGGGGUUCUUUUCCAUUUGCUCGCCACCGUUCGCUUUCCCUCUUGCAUUUUUCGAUAAGAUAGAUCAGAUCCCACUUAUGACAACGCGGUUGAUAGUGAAAAGCCUCCCUUCUAACUGUACGGAGGCAAAUUUGAGGUCUUUUUUCAAAAAGUACGGUACUUUGAGCGAUUGUACCCUAAAGUACACCAAGGAGGGGAAAUUUCGGAAAUUCGCAUUCGUUGGUUUUGACAACGAGGAGAAUGCUAGGAAGGCGCUGCGAGAAACGAAUCUUUCCUAUAUGGGUUCUUCACGUCUGCAGGUGGAAGAAUGUAAACCAUUCGGUGAUGCAAACAAACCUCGCGCAUGGAGCCAAUAUUCAAAGGAUAGCAGUGCUUAUAAAAGAAAACAUGAGAACGAACCACAACAAAUGAAGAAAGAUGGGGACGGGGCAAAAACUUCUGAGCCCUUAAAGAAAAAGGAGAAGAUCGAUCCUGAAUACCGCGAAUUUCUAGAAGCUCAAGGUGUCACGAAUAAAGAGCAUCAAAAGGUCACCAACGUUGAAAAUCUUGGGGAAAACAACAAUCUGGUCAAACUUUUGCUGGAAGGCAUUGCUGGGGAUACCACGUUGUCAUUGUUAUUCACCGGAUUACCGUCGUCAAUAAAGCAGAAGAAUUUGAAAGAAUGGCUGAGUCCUGUUCGUGUGAAGGCAAUGAAGAUUGUAGCAAACGACUCAAUUGCUGCUGCUUUUAUCACAUUCAAUCGCCCGCCUGACGUACGCAGAGUUCUUCAAAGAAAUCAGGAAUACAUAGGAGGUUAUAGACUCACAAUCUCAAAAGUGAAUGUUAAAAAGGAUGAGAGCGAACAACAAGAAUGUGACGAGGCCACUACCGUUAGUAGAGAUAGCGAGGAGGCUAGGAUUCGCGAAGAGAUUUUGGAAACAGGAAGGUUGUUUGUGCGCAAUUUACCUUUCACAACAAAAGAAGAGGACUUACACUUCUUUUUCAAAAAAUUUGGAGAAAUAGCUGAAACCCAGGUUAUUAUUGACAAGAAGACGGGAAAAUGUAAGGGAUUCGCCAUAGUUGAAUUCGUGUUUCCGGAAUCUGCUGUAGCAGCCUAUUCUUCAAGCGAUGGAAAGAUCUUCAAGGGCAGGAUGCUUCACAUAAUUCCUGGGUCAGAAAAACGUGAGAAGAAUGACAAGGAAAAAAUCGGAGCCAACGAAAAAACUUCCUAUAGAAAAGAAAAAGUUAAAAAAUUGAAAGCGAAUGCUGGAAAGUCUCAUUCUUGGAAUGCACUGUUUCUCGGCCCUAAUGCUAUCGCAGACACUCUUGCUGAAAAACUGGGCGUAGAGAAGGGCGAUCUCCUCAAUUCGGAAACAGGAGAAAGUGCUGGAGUUCGUCUUGCUCUCGCUGAAACUAGACUUGUCCGUGAAACAAGAGAGUUCUUCAUUUCAAACGGAGUUUGCCUGGAUGCCUUUUCUAGACCAGCAGCUAAAAGGAGUGAUACAGUAAUUAUAACUAAAAAUCUACCUGCUGGUGUGGAUGUGGAAGAAUUGCAACGCAUGUUUGGGAAGUUUGGUGAUGUAGAGAAAGUUCUAAUGCCUCCUGAAGGGGGCAUUAGCGCUAUUGUUGUUAUGAGUAAUGCAGUCGAUGCCAAAAAGGCGUUCCAAGCGUUGGCGUAUUCUCGAUUCCGUACUCAGCCGCUAUACCUGGAAUGGGCCCCUGGUGACGUAUUUGGUGAAAAAAUAAAGGAUGAGGCAGCAGAACAUGAACGUGAAAACGAUAACAAUCAAGAAACGGAGAUUAAUGCAGCGAAAAAGAUGACUUAUGAAGAGAAGAAGGCCGCAAAACGAACGAAAGAGGAAGAAGGAGAGCGUGGAGAAAAAGUGGAAAUAGCUAGCACAUCAAUGGAUAAUAGCGACCAUGUAAAGGAGAUGGAAAACACACUAGAAGAUGUUGAAGUCAAUGAUCCCGAUGAAGUGUUAGAGUCCGGUGCUACAGUCUUCGUGAAAAAUCUCUCCUUCGUAACAACUGAUGAAAACCUUAGUAAACUCUUCGGGAAGAAGUAUCGAAUCAAAUCUGCACAAGUCUCGAAAAAGUUGAACCCUGCUGAUCCAGGGAAGAGUCUUUCUAUGGGCUUUGGAUUUGUUCAAUUCUACACUCAAGCGGAGGCUCAACGUGCAAUUAAAGAGAUGCAGGGUGAGCUGCUGAACGGCCACUGCCUGGAGCUCAAGAUCUCAAACCGAGAAUUAGUUGAUAAAGAAGCUCUGAAGCGUAAAUCGAUAUCAACCAGUGGACAGGGAAAAUGCACGAAACUACUCGUUCGAAAUAUUCCAUUUCAAGCUAGUAUUAGGGAAAUUGAGAGUCUGUUUACAUCUUUUGGAGAGGUUAAGAGUAUUCGAAUACCGAACAAGGUUGGCAGCAAAGUUCAACACCGUGGUUUCGGUUUCGUCGAUUUCAUAUCGGUCCCAGAAGCUAGACGCGCCUUCGACGCAUUAGUUCACUCAACACAUAUUUAUGGAAGGAGAUUAGUUCUGGAGUGGGCAAAGAGCGAUGAUUCCGUAGAAGAGAUGCGCGAGAAAACCGCAGAAAAGUUCAGUGGUGGUCGAGAAGCCAACCGUAAACAGAAAAAACGAAUGGAAGCGAUCGAGAAGGAUCUGGCUGUGAUUGAUGAUGACUGA